GAUUAGAAAAAUUUAGAAAGAAAUACAAAAUAAAUAAAGGAAAAUUUUUACGAAUAGAUCCUUCUAAUGAUAAAUGAAGGAUGGACACAUUUACUCAUAGAAAAUGGUAUCAAUCCACCAUUGCAUAUUGGUACUUAUCGAGUAUAGAAUAAAUCUGCUUCUCUUUGUUCUUACGAACAGAAUUCUUCCAUUAUUACGAAUAGAAUAUAGAAUCCUAACCCUUGUUAGGAAGUAAUCUACUUAACAGGGGAAGUCUAUAGGAUAGUCAUAGUAUAACCUUUCCAAUGCAAUAAAGUUACGUAGUGUCUAUUUUUCUUCGAUAAAGGGGUAUUUUCCAUGGGUUUGCCUUGGUAUCGUGUUCAUACCGUUGUAUUGAAUGAUCCCGGCCGGUUGCUUUCCGUUCAUAUAAUGCAUACAGCUCUGGUUGCUGGUUGGGCGGGCUCGAUGGCUUUGUAUGAAUUAGCAGUUUUUGAUCCUUCUGACCCUAUUCUUGAUCCAAUGUGGAGACAGGGUAUGUUCGUUAUACCCUUCAUGACUCGUUUAGGAAUAACCAAUUCAUGGGGGGGUUGGAGUAUCACAGGAGGAACUGUAACGAAUCCGGGGAUUUGGAGUUACGAAGGUGUAGCUGGGGCACAUAUUGUGUUUUCUGGCUUAUGCUUUUUGGCAGCUAUCUGGCAUUGGGUCUAUUGGGAUCUAGAAAUCUUUUCUGAUGAACGUACAGGAAAACCCUCUUUGGAUUUGCCCAAGAUCUUUGGAAUUCAUUUAUUUCUCUCCGGGUUGGCUUGCUUUGGUUUUGGUGCAUUUCAUGUAACAGGUCUGUAUGGCCCUGGAAUAUGGGUGUCCGAUCCUUAUGGACUAACGGGAAGAGUACAGCCUGUAAAUCCGUCGUGGGGCGUGGAAGGUUUUGAUCCUUUUGUUCCGGGAGGAAUAGCUUCUCAUCAUAUUGCAGCAGGUACACUGGGCAUAUUAGCGGGUCUAUUCCAUCUUAGCGUUCGACCGCCACAACGUCUAUACAAAGGAUUACGUAUGGGAAAUAUUGAAACUGUACUCUCCAGUAGUAUCGCAGCUGUCUUUUUUGCAGCUUUUGUUGUUGCUGGAACUAUGUGGUAUGGUUCAGCAACUACUCCCAUCGAAUUGUUUGGUCCCACUCGUUAUCAAUGGGAUCAGGGUUAUUUCCAGCAAGAGAUAUAUCGAAGAGUUAGCGCCGGGCUAGCCGAAAAUCAAAGUUUAUCAGAAGCCUGGUCUAAAAUUCCUGAAAAAUUAGCUUUUUAUGAUUAUAUCGGCAAUAAUCCGGCAAAAGGAGGAUUAUUCAGGGCAGGCUCAAUGGAUAACGGAGAUGGAAUAGCGGUAGGAUGGUUAGGACAUCCUAUCUUUAGAGAUAAAGAAGGGCGUGAGCUUUUUGUACGUCGUAUGCCCACCUUUUUUGAAACAUUUCCAGUCGUUUUGGUAGACGGCGAUGGGAUUGUUAGAGCGGAUGUGCCUUUUAGAAGGGCAGAAUCCAAGUAUAGUGUUGAACAAGUAGGUGUAACCGUUGAGUUUUAUGGUGGCGAACUUAAUGGAGUCAGUUAUAGUGAUCCUGCUACUGUGAAAAAAUAUGCUAGACGUGCUCAAUUAGGUGAAAUUUUUGAAUUAGAUCGUGCGACUUUGAAAUCCGAUGGUGUUUUUCGUAGCAGUCCAAGGGGUUGGUUUACUUUUGGGCAUGCUUCGUUUGCUUUGCUCUUCUUCUUCGGACACAUUUGGCAUGGUGCUAGAACCUUGUUCAGAGAUGUUUUUGCCGGCAUUGACCCCGAUUUGGAUGCUCAAGUAGAAUUUGGCGCAUUCCAAAAACUUGGGGAUCCAACUACAAGAAGACAGGCAGUCUGAUACAAGACCACUUUGGCAUUUUCCCCUUCUAUUUUUUCUAUUUUCUUUUUGGGGGGAUUUUACAUAGAGUACCGGAGUGAAUUUGAAUCACCGCUUUUUUAUUUUUGCUCUUUCAAGAUGAUUCCCAAAAAGAAAAUGAAAAAAAAACGAACAAGUAGGAAAGCUAUAAUUGUAAACCACGAUCGAAUUUAUGGAAGCAUUGGUUUAUACAUUCCUUUUAGUCUCGACUCUAGGGAUCAUUUUUUUCGCUAUUUUUUUUCGAGAACCGCCUAAAGUUCCAACUAAAAAGUAAAAUGAUUUUUCAUUAU